GUUGCAAGAUGGAAUUUGAACAUUACCUCAAGAGGUUUUAUGUGUUGGAUUAGUUCAUGGUGUUUGUCCACUUCUGACUGUCUCCUCGGAUUCAGUGUUUGAUGCCCUUUUGAGGCACUGAAUCCAGAGAGCUUGUGCCAUGGACUGCAAGGAGAGCUGCCCAAGUGUUAGCAUUCCCAGCUCUGACGAACACAGAGAGAAAAAGAAGAGGUUUACUGUUUAUAAAGUUCUGGUUUCAGUGGGUAGGAGUGAGUGGUUUGUCUUCAGGAGAUAUGCAGAAUUUGAUAAGCUCUACAACACUUUAAAGAAACAGUUUCCUACUAUGGCCUUGAAGAUUCCUGCCAAGAGGAUAUUUGGUGAUAAUUUUGAUCCAGAUUUUAUUAAACAAAGAAGAGCAGGACUGAAUGAGUUCAUUCAGAACUUAGUUAGACACCCAGAGCUUUACAACCAUCCAGAUGUCCGAGUAUUCCUUCAGAUGGACAGUCCAAAACACCAGUCAGAUCCAUCCGAGGACGAGGAUGACAGAAGUACUCGGAAGCUACACUCUCCCUCACAGAACAUCAACCUGGGACCAUCUGGAAAUCCUCAUGCCAAGCCAACAGACUUUGAUUUCUUAAAAGUUAUUGGAAAAGGCAGCUUUGGCAAGGUUCUUCUUGCAAAACGGAAACUGGAUGGAAAAUUUUAUGCUGUCAAAGUGUUACAGAAAAAAGUUGUUCUCAACAGAAAAGAGCAAAAACAUAUUAUGGCUGAGCGUAAUGUGCUCCUAAAAAAUGUGAAGCAUCCGUUUUUAGUUGGAUUACAUUAUUCUUUCCAAACAGCUGAAAAGCUUUACUUUAUCUUGGAUUUUAUUAAUGGAGGAGAGCUGUUUUUUCACUUACAAAGAGAACGGUCCUUUCCGGAACACAGGGCUAAGUUUUAUGCUGCUGAAAUUGCCAGUGCACUGGGCUACCUGCACUCCAUCAAAAUAGUGUACAGAGACUUGAAACCAGAAAACAUCCUUUUGGAUUCCGUGGGACAUGUUGUCCUAACUGAUUUUGGGCUUUGUAAAGAAGGAAUUGCUAUUUCUGAUACCACGACAACAUUUUGUGGAACACCAGAGUAUCUUGCACCUGAAGUAAUCAGAAAGCAGCCCUACGAUAAUACCGUAGAUUGGUGGUGCCUUGGGGCUGUUCUGUACGAAAUGCUGUAUGGAUUGCCUCCCUUUUAUUGCCGAGAUGUUGCUGAAAUGUAUGACAAUAUUCUACACAAGCCCCUAAAUUUGAGGCCCGGAGUGAGCCUCACAGCCUGGUCCAUUCUGGAAGAACUCCUAGAAAAAGACAGGCAAAACCGACUUGGUGCCAAAGAAGACUUUCUUGAAAUUCAGAACCAUCCAUUUUUUGAAUCACUCAGCUGGACUGACCUUGUACAAAAGAAAAUCCCACCACCAUUUAAUCCUAAUGUGGCCGGACCAGAUGAUAUCCGAAACUUUGACGCAGCAUUUACAGAAGAAACCGUCCCAUGCUCUGUGUGCCUGUCUUCUGAGUACUCUGUAGUGAACGCCAGUGUGCUGGAGGCCGACGACGCGUUCAUCGGCUUCUCUUACGCGCCUCCUUCAGAAGACUUGUUUUUGUGAACAAUUGCCAUUUGGAAAACAUCGAACAAACAUAAGCCUAUGGAUGGGACUCUGAAAUUCCUUCUUGUGUGAAUAUAUAAAAGCAAUGUCUAACUAGUGCCUCAUUUUUACUUGUAAUGUUGAAAACAAUGAAAUCUGUAUCUUCUGCUGUGUGCAGGAAACUAGGGCAUUUCACAGAACGAAAUUUUGGAUUAAAAUUUGUAUUCUUGUUUAUUAAGCUUAUUUUUUAAAGGAAAUUUUAAAAGCUAUUAUUCUCUUAGCAUUAACCUAUUUUUUGAAAGACUCUUUUGCUAUUGACUGUUUUUCCCCUCUAAGUUUACACUAACAUCUGCCCAAAAUAGACUGAUUUUCAAUAACCUAUUUCAGUUCAACUAAUAUAUGUAUUACUAUCGUUGUAACUCUACUACGACUUUUAUUUUCAAAUCAGAGCUAUGCAAUUGGUACAUGAUUGUUUAGAAGAAACAAUAUCCUUUACAUUUAAUCACUGUUCGAAAUCAUCAAGUCACUGUAGGAUUAAAAUAUAAAGAAUAAUUAGCAUAUUGGAAUACCAUUUAUUUUGUAGAUUGUUUUAGGAUAAACAAACGGAAAUUCUUGGCUUUUGAAAUACCAAUUCAAGUUUGUGGGCAAAGAUUUUCCCUCUGGAAGAAAAGGAGAAACCUAAUCGUUGAAACUUUAAAUAUAUUCCCAGAGAUAUUAAGAAUAAUGAGUACUGUUGGAAACUUUUUUAGGUGGUGCCAAAGGUGAAUGUUUCUGUGUCAUGUAUUUAUAUUACAGGUAUAUUCUAUUUAUUUUCACAUUGUUAGUUUUUGGUCUUAUUAAUGUUUAAUACACUGUAAAGUAGGUCUAAAUCUUGGCAUUUGCUUUUGCAAAUAAUUAUUUGUCUUCCUGAUUGGUUAAUAAGUGGGGAAAAAAAUAGAGUUUUUUAGAAUAUUUACCUUAUUGAGAAUUAAAAAGGUGAGUUUCAAAUUCUGGGUCCGUAUAAACAUACAUUGUAUCAUUAUGAUAUACCAAAAGUUAAAAAUAAUUAAGCAAAUGCAUACUUAGGAUCUUAAGUCUUUCAGAAAAAGUAAAAGGAACUGACCUUAAAGUUAUUACACAGCAACUAACUUGUACACUUGUAAAAGAGGAUAAUUACAGAAAAACUUUUUGAAAAGGCUUAACUUGGAGUUCUGCUUAAGCUGAGUGUGGUGUGGAGGUUGUUCGGGUUGCUUAGGAAACAUUCUAAGUGAAAGCAUGUCGUGUUCCAGUUUCGGUGCUCCAGGAAUGAACAUCCCUUCAAUGUAUCUGUCUUACGAGAGAAAUCACAAAAUAUAUGACGCCAAUCCCCUUGGGCUUAAAAAGGUUCAGCAGAAUGGGAGGAGGGAUGGAGUACAUUUUUUAAGUAAAUGCUCUUUACAUCCAAUACACUGAAUCUCUUCAGAGAUAAGACCUUAAUAUUUACACUGUAAGUAUUUAGUUUAUUUGGCACUACUGUAAAUUCGUUGUGCAAAUUCUACUUUACACACAGUUCUUUGCUUAUUAUAGAGCAAAAUAAAAACUAACUCCUUGUAUAAUUUCUUCUUCAGCCACUGCUUAAACUGCCAAAAAUGGAAGUGCAAUAUUGUAUAUUUUUAAGAACAAAUUUUAAAGACUUUUGAUGUUUCUCAGAUCUCAAAAUCUGUAUAGCUAAUAAAAUUUGAAAUAAGAUUAAUGACCAACUACAUCUGUCAUCAUUUGAAAUUGAUACAAUGAAUUUAAUAAAAGUAAUUAUUAUAAAAAUAAAUUAUGUGAUGGAGAAAAGUAUAGAGUAUUAACAGGAAAUAUAUAGGUAUACAUGUAAAUUACAAAAUUUUCCAAGUUGGACUUUGUAACGUCACAGGCAAAAUCUUUUCCAGAUUUAAAGUUUAUCUGUUCUCUCAAAGCAUGCUAAUAUUUUCUAAAUAUUUAUGCCUUUGGAAGACUUGAAUAAUUUCAUGAUUAAAAUUAAUUCAUUGGUGUAAA